UGUGCUAAAUUUGUACCACCAGCCUUAAGGUCUCUCCCUUUGUUUAUCAUUUCUUUUCUUUUUUAUUGGCAUUCACAUCAAGUUUCCAUUCUUUUCAAUUUUGUAUACUAGUGGUGGAACUGAUUGACAUCCCCAAAUUACCUCCUCCUUUUAGCACCAUUUCCUUUCUUCCUCUCACCAUUUUGGUAAGCACGAGGCUUAACCACAACCAAGUUUUCAUCUAAUGGAUCUCACCCUGUCUGAGACUAAGAAAAGGGGAGAGAUGGAACUUCAACAUUUCUCCCAUCACCAUCCUUUGCUCUUCAUUCAACACCAAAGUGUUACAGAUGAAGCAGCUCAGUGCUUUGGGUGUGAGGAACUUAUAGACGGUCCAAGCUAUGGCUGCAAUGACUGUAAGUAUUAUCUUCAUAAGAGAUGUGCGGAGUUAGAGUUAACCCCCCACCUUAAUCAUCCUUUCCACCCUCAACACCUUCUCACUCUUUUGCCUAAAUCUCCUUAUAAGGGUACAUGGAGCUGUGAUUUUUGUCGGAGGCGGCCUUCUUCGGGAUUCGUUUAUCAUUGUGAUCCUUGUAAAUUCGAUCUGCACAUCAACUGUGCUUUGCUUCAAUCAUCCAUUGCUCCAAAUUAUCCUACUUCUUUGCAUCAACAUCCACUGUUCUUCAUUCAAGACCAUAACGACGAAGUCAAUCGCGAUUGCUCCGGAUGUAUGAAACCAUUAUCUGGUCCAAUUUACUAUUGUUUAGAUUGUUACCUUUCUGAUAAACGCUGCUUUAUCCUUCAUAAGCAAUGUGCAGAACUACCUCUUGAGAUUAAUCACCCCUACGACCGCCGUAAGCAUCCCCUUACUCUCUUGCCGAAACCACCUACUCAUCUUCACAACUGUAGCUGUUAUUUGUGCAAAAUUCAGUGGGAAGGGUUUGUUUAUUCUUGCUCUUUUUGCAAGAUUGAGCUUACUCUUGAUGAUUUUUUCUCACCACAAACAAUCACGAAUGCAAGUCAUGAACACCCAUGGAUGCUUCUAUCAAGACAAAUGUCAUUUAUUUGUGAUUUUUGUGGCACCACUGGAGAUCGCACCCCUUAUCUCUGUGCUACAUGUAACCUUCUUGUCCAUAAAAAUUGCAUUUCAUUGCCACAGAAUAUCAUGAUAACGCGACAUCAUCAUGUUAUUUCUCACUCAUAUUCUCUUACGCAACUAGAUGAGUUGUGCAGAAUUUGUUACGAGGAAGUCGAUACGAGGUAUGGCAGUUACCAUUGCUCUGCUUCUGAUUGCAAUUAUAUUGCUCAUGUGCAUUGUGCAACAGAUAAAGCAGUUUGGGAUGGAAAAAGCAUCCCUGAAGACUAUGAUGAGAGGUCCAUGGUAGCUCUUGAUGAAUCUAUAAAUUGGAUUACCGAUGUUGUUGAACAAAUGAGUUUUGGAGAGAAUACGGUAGCAGUUGAGAUCAAACAUGCUUAUCAUUAUCAUAAUUUAAGACUCACUUUUAGUGGGGAGAGGAACGACGAUGGCCAAUGUGAUGGGUGUAUGAGGCCUAUCUCAACUCCUUUUUAUAGUUGUGAGCAAUGUAAGUUUUUUCUCCAUAAAGAAUGCGCUGAAUUGUCGAGAAAAAAACGACACCCAUUUCACACGCACGGACUUAUGCUAAAAAAAUCAAACACAAGUGUUUAUCCAUUAUGUAGUUCUUGCAGACGUUUAUACCAUGGAUUUAGCUACAAAUGCGAUGAUAAAGGUUGCGCAUUUGAAUGUGACAUUCGGUGUAUUUUAUUAUCAGACACUUUGGAGCAUCCAAGUCACGAGCAUUCAUUGUUCCUUGUCCACAACUUUUCAACGAGUUGCAAUGCUUGUCGUAGAGAAAAUUACUACUUAUCGGCACUAGCAUAUAGAUGCACUAAGCGUUGUGAUUUCAUAUUAGAUCUACAUUGUGCCACAUUACCUCUCACAGCUUGGUAUAAGUAUGAUAGACAUCUUCUUACUCUAGCUUGUUCUGAUGAUUCUGAUCCUUCUCAACAUUAUUGUGAUCUGUGUGAGCAUGAAAGGGACCCAAAUGAUUGGUUUUACUACUGUGCUGAAUGUGAUAACACUCUCCAUUCCAAAUGUGCUCUUGGGGAUCUCCCAUUUCUGAAGAUUGGAAGCAACCUAAAGCAUUUUUUUCAUAAUCACCCACAUCCAUUCACUAUUGUGAAAAACAUAUGGGAUUGCCCUCCAUGUAAAUUUUGCGGCGAGGUUUGCAAUGAACAAGCCCUACAAUGUAAAAAAUCUGAAUGCAACUUUAGCGUCCACUGGGAUUGCCGUUAUCAGUUGCGUUUGUGAAACAGACAAGUUACAACUUCACAGAUUUGUAUGUAUUUGCAUGACUGCACCAAUUUGUCAUCAACGCUCAUGGCUUUUGCUUUUCAUUCUGUUGUUAAUGUUUGAGCGCUUCAAGUUUGUUUAGAUGAAACAGAAUCGGUAAUUAGUUAUCAUUUGUUAUUCUACUGGGUUGUUAUCAUCUGUACUAUGAAGCAAGGUUUGAUUUGAUUUAUAUAUAAAUCAGUGCAUGUUCUGCUCAA